AUGCCCAUCAGUUUCCCAUAUACAGUAGCCCAAGACCUUCAUGACCACAGUUUUUCUGGACUCAGGGAUGUGAAGUACCGACACUUCCUAGAAGCCUCCAGACCGAUCAGACACACCACAAAUGUCAGAGCAGUGCAGGACGGACAUCGGACGAAGAGGUCAGCGAUCUUCAGCACGGGCGUCAAAGUGUGUCCCCAGGAGUCGAUGAAGGAAGUCAUCGGCAGCCAUCGGACAUAUUACAAACUCAGAGUUUGUCAAGAGGCGAUUUGGGAAGCGUUUAGGAUCUUCUUGGACAGAGUCCCAAACUCAGAAGAAUACAGAUCCUGGGUUUACACCUGCCAGCAUGAAAACCUCUGCAUGGAUGACUUGGCUCAGAACUUCAGCAGCUCACAGGAGCAUCUGGACCUGGUGGCGAGAAGAGUAGCUGAGCAAGCUGAAAGUGAAGGAUUUAUCGCUGGAACCCCAGAGCCAGGAAGAGAAUGCACCUGGACGCCCCCACUGAUUCUGCUGCCGACUGAAGCUGAUGUGAUCAAAGAAGACCCUAACAUGAUGAAAGAGAACUAUGAGGAAUACAUUGUUGAGUUCAGGGUCACCAUCGCGGACCCGUCAUACAGCAAGCUGCUCAGUGAUCCAGAGGAUUUACAGCAUAAAGACGUCAAACAAGAGCUAACAGACAAGUUGGUUCGUGUGUUUGAAAAAGUUCCAGGAUUCAAAGAGAUUCGUGUUGUCGGAUUCCGCUCAGAGGACGUGUCUGUGCGGUAUGCUGUGGUCUUUAAUGGAGAAACGGAGCUCAGUGAUGAACCUGAGGGUCUUGAGGAGUCCGACGUCGUGACAUACAAGGACGUGAAUGCUCCUAAACUGAAGCACAUCAUCGUAAAGGCUUUAAAACAGGAACCGUCCCUCCCGCUGGACAUACAGACACUGAGCUUUGAGGCUGUAACCACAGUUUAUCCCAUUGCUGAGCUUGGUGUGAACCCUAUAGAGAAUGUCGUACCUGAAGACGACCCCACAAAGGGGCCCACAGAGGAUGCUACUCCCACCCAAAGCUUCUUACCCACUGUGGCAGUGAUAGAGAGCUCUUUGGAAGCUUCUACAACCAAACCAGAAACAUACACCUUUGUGCCUUUCAUACCAAACAUCCUUCCAGAAACUACGUCUGCCAUCACAGAUGAGACUCCUUUAAUGGCAGGAGUAGAGGAGGAAUCCACAGAGGGUACUGCUGGGGAGCCCAGUGACAUUAUAACACCAGACACAAAACUGGAAACUAUCACAGAGCAAGAGGAGGAAAGAGAGCCAGAGUUGGAUGAGAUUCCACCAAUUGACCCUGAAGAAGGAGGUGAGGCUGAACCUGAAGAGCAUGUGACAGAUGUUUCACAAGAAUCCGAACCUGCAGAUGGGGUCCCUGAAGAACAAUAUGAGGAUCGUUCCUUGGAAACUCUAGACUCCCAACCAGAAGAAGAAAAUACUGACAAACCUGCUGAGGUUUAUCAUGACAUUUCAGACCCCACAGACCCUACAGUUACUGCAAUAUCUGUCACAGAAGCAGAAAUGCUAGUCUCUACAUCAUCAUCUCAUGAAGAUCCUGUCCAAGGCAUUGAACCAGCAACCGAUGUGGAACCUCUGCCAUCCCCAGCAGAGAGCGGCGAAGCCCCUGAGGAUAGAGAUGAAGUUAGUGGUGGGCAUAGCGGCGUCUCAACAGACCUGCCCCCUGAGAACAUAAACUUUCAAGAGGACGUAGGGACAAGACAGAACGGGACAGAGGCAGAAGUGAACGAACCCCUGGAAGAAGAGAGUGGUAGUGGAUUUCCCUCAGAGUCUGAUGAACAUCCGUAUGAAUCCACGGCAGCACCAGCCAUGAGACAAGCCAGCACCCCUCUGAUGAGUGUAGUGGAUAAGAACAAAGAGUUAGUGGUUUUCUUUAGCUUGAGGGUCACUAACAUUUUGUUUUCUGAUGACCUGUUCAACAAAAGCUCCCCUGAGUAUAAAUCACUGGAGAAUACCUUUCUUGAGCUGACACAGCACUCUGGGUCAAGGAAUUCGCCAAACCCUGGAGCUUCCAGUAAAUCUGGGCCUAGAAAACAGACGACUUUAGCCUCCAUACCGCUUCUGCCAUAUUUACAAUCCAAUUUGACUGGAUUUAAGCAGCUGGAAAUUCUCAACUUUAGGAACGGCAGUGUUGUGGUAAACAGCAGGAUGAAACUGGACAAGCCGGUGCCUUAUAACGUCACAGAAGCUGUUCACUGUGUGCUCGAGGACUUCUGCAAUGCAGCAUCUAAACGGCUUGACAUUGAGAUUGACAGUCGCUCUUUGGAAGUAGAACCAGCUGACCAAGCAGACCCCUGUAAGUUCCUGGCUUGCAAUGAGUUUUCACGUUGCGUGGUAAACAGUUGGACCGAUGAGGCCGAAUGCCUGUGUGAUCCGGGCUACAGCACCGUGGACGGCCUGCCCUGCCAGAGCACCUGUGUUGUGCAGCCAAACUACUGCCUGAAUGGAGGUCUAUGUGAAAUAAUCCCAGGGCAUGGAGCCACCUGCAGAUGUCCUGUGGGUAAAUACUGGCACUACCAUGGAGAACGCUGCAAUGAGCUGGUGUCGAUACCGGUAGACCCUUCACUAAUUGUAACCUGCUUCGUGGGAAGUCUCUGCCUUGUUUGUGCCAUCAUUGGCAUUUUGAUUUUCAUUAACAAGAAAUGUAUAAAUACGAGAAAGGCUGUAACAUUGGUGCACACCCUUGCUCCCUAUGCCUUUAAGAAUACUUUGAGGGUGAAUCCAGUAUUUGAGAGUGACGAUGGUGUCUUAACUCAAGUAUCCACUUUGCCAUAUCCUUCAAGUUCUGCUUCUUCCCAGUCCCAACAGUCUGAACAAGAACAUUUUGCCUCAAUUGAAAACAUACGUCUGAGUAUUGAGAUCCCCAGACAACUCUACACAACCAGAUCAGAAAAGUUAGUGUCAGAAAUGGUGGACUUUCAUCACUGUAUACCACACAAUGAGACGUGGCGACGGCCCAGUGAAUACAGAACAUGCUGUGUUUUAAGGGCAUCAGAUAACGAAUGUUUUGAAGUAACGGUUCUUUGAUGACACCUUAUUCGUCUGAGGAACACAGGUUGAAGAUGCUGUUUUGACUGUAUACAGAAUGCGUGGUUCGGUAGACGAGUCAAAGAGGUGUUUAAGUGUCGUAAUUUAUUGUUCAUAGUGACUGUGUCUUGUUAGACAGAGAGCUAUGGAUAUUAAGGUGGACCUAGGUUGUCUUAAAGUGGAACCUAAUAUUUAUUUUACACAUUGAAUGGUAGGAACAUUUCCUGUAUACCCUUGGCAAAGGUUGUUUUUUCCUCACAAUGAGGUAUUUAUUAUGUACAAACAAAAAAGAGAAUGAAUGUAUAAGCUGUUGACUUGGGUCAUGACGUAUUGUUUAUAGAAAUACUAUCUAUCCUGUUCAAAACUACAUUUCACACUAAUCAUUUGUCUCUUGAGAUUUCAACAUUUUUUACACAUUUUGCAUUUAAAAGUAAACAAUAAAAUGUUUUUUUGCA